AUGCGCCAGGCAAGAGAAGUGUGUGCGCGCGGAGGAGGAGAGGUGUGUGCGUGCGGAGGAGAGGUGUGUUCGCGCGGAGGAGAGGUGUGUGCGUGCGGAGGAGAGGUGUGUUCGCGCGGAGGAGAGGUGUGUGCGUGCGGAGGAGAGGUGUGUUCGCGCGGAGGAGAGGUGUGUUCGCGCGGAGGAGGAGAGGUGUGUUCGUGCGGAGGAGGAGAGGUGUGUUCGCGCGGAGGAGAGGUGUGUUCGUGCGGAGGAGAGGUGUGUUCGUGCGGAAGAGGUGUGUUCGCGCGGAGAGAGGUGGUGUGUUCGCGCGGAGGAGAGGUGUGUUCGCGCGGAGGAGGAGGUGUUGCGCGAGGAGGAGAGUGUGCGCGCGGAGGAGGAGAGGUGUGUUCGCGCGGAGGAGGAGAGGUGUGUUCGCGCGAGGAGGAGAGGUGUGUUCGCGCGGAGGAGAGGUGUGUUCGCGCGGAGGAGAGGUGUGUUCGCGCGGAGGAGGUGUCGCGCGGGUGGGGGAGAGUGUGUGUUCGCGCGGCGGAGGAGAGGUGUGUUCGCGCGGAGGGAGGAGAGUGUGUUCGCGCGGAGGAGAGGUGUGUUCGCGCGGAGGAGGAGAGUGUGUGGGGAGAGAGAGGUGUGUUCGCGCGGAGGAGGAGAGGUGUGUGCGCGCGGAGGAGGAGAGUGUGUGUGUUCGCGCGGAGGAGAGGUGUGUUCGCGCGAGGAGGAGAGGUGUGUUCGCGCGAGUGCAGAGGUGGUGUGUUCGCGCGGAGGAGGAGAGGUGUGUUCGCGCGGAGGAGGAGAGGUGUGUUCGCGUUCGCGCGCGCGGAGGAGAGGUGUGUUCGCGCGGAGGAGGAGGAGGUGUGUCGGCGGAGGAGGAGAGGUGUGUGCGCGCGGAGGAGGAGAGGUGUGUUCGCGCGGAGGAGGAGAGGUGUGUUCGCGCGGAGGAGGAGAGGUGUGUUCGCGCGGAGGAGGAGAGGUGUGUUCGCGCGGAGGAGGAGAGGGGUGUGUUCGCGCGGAGGAGGAGAGGUGUGUUCGCGCGGAGGAGGAGAGGUGUGUUCGCGCGGAGGAGGAGAGAGGUGUGUGUUCGCGCGGAGGAGAGUGUGUGUGUUCGCGCGGAGGAGGAGAGGUGUGUGCGUGCGGAGGAGAGAGGAGGUGUGUCGGCGGAGGAGGAGAGGUGUGUGCGCGCGGAGGGAGAGGGUGUGUCGCGCGGGGCGGAGGAGGAGGGUGUGUUCGCGCGGAGGAGUCGGGAGAGGUGUGUUCGCGCGGAGGAGGAGAGGUGUGUCGCGCGGGGAGGAGAGGUGUGUUCGCGCGAGGAGGAGAGGUGUGUUCGGCGGAGGAGGAGAGGUGUGUUCGCGCGGAGGAGGAGAGGUGUGUUCGCGCGGAGGAGGAGAGGUGUGUUGCGGCGGAGGAGAGGGUGUGUCGGCGAGGAGAGAGGUGUGUCGGCGAGGAGGAGAGUGUGUGCGCGGAGGAGGAGAGUGUGUUCGUGCGGAGGAGGAGAGAGUGUGUGCGCGCGGAGGAGGAGAGGUGUGUGCGCGCGGAGGAGGAGAGGUGUGUCGCGGAGGGAGAGGUGUGUGCGCGGGGAGGAGAGAGGUGUGUGCGUGCGGAGGAGGAGAGGGUGUGGUGUGUUCGCGCGGAGGAGGAGAGGUGUGUUCGCGCGGAGGAGGAGAGGUGUGUUCGCGCGGGGAGGAGGAGAGGUGUGUGGCGCGGGGAGGAGGAGAGGUGUGUGCGUGCGGCGGAGGAGGAGAGGUGUGUGCGUGCGGAGGAGGAGAGGUGUGUGCGUGCGGAGGAGGAGAGGUGUGUUCGCGCGGAGGAGGAGAGGUGUGUUCGCGCGGAGGAGGAGAGGUGUGUUCGCGCGGAGGAGAGGUGUGUUCGCGCGGAGGAGGAGAGGUGUGUGCGCGCGGAGGAGGAGAGGUGUGGCGCGGAGGAGGAGAGGUGUGUGCGCGCGGGAGGAGAGGUGUGUGUUCGCGCGGAGGAGGAGAGGUGUGUUCGCGCGGAGGAGGAGAGGUGUGUGCGCGCGGAGGAGGAGAGGUGUGUUCGCGCGGAGGAGGAGAGGUGUGUUCGCGCGGAGGAGGAGAGGUGUGUUCGCGCGGAGGAGGAGAGGUGUGUUCGCGCGGAGGAGGAGGAGAGGUGUGUUCGCGCGGAGGAGGAGAGGUGUGUCGCGCGGAGGAGGAGAGGUGUGUGCGCGCGGAGGAGGAGAGGUGUGUCGCGCGGAGGAGGAGAGGUGUGUUCGGCGCGCGGAGGAGGAGAGGUGUGUUCGCGCGGAGGAGGAGAGGUGUGUCGGCGGAGGAGGAGAGGUGUGUUCGCGCGGAGGAGGAGAGGUGUGUUCGCGCGGAGGAGGAGAGGUGUGUUCGCGCGGAGGAGGGAGAGGUGUGUGCGCGCGGAGGAGGAGAGGUGUGUUCGCGCGGAGGAGGAGAGGUGUGUUCGCGCGCGGAGGAGGAGAGGUGUGUGCGGAGGAGGAGAGGUGUGUGCGGCGGAGGAGGAGAGGGGGGGGUGUGUUCGCGCGGAGGAGGAGAGGUGUGUUCGCGCGGAGGAGGAGAGGUGUGUUCGCGCGGGGAGGAGGAGAGGUGUGUUCGUGCGGAGGAGGAGAGGUGUGUGGUGCGUGCGGGGAGGAGAGGUGUGUGCGUGCGGAGGAGGAGAGGUGUGUGCGUGCGGGGGAGGAGGAGAGAGGUGUGUGCGUGCGGAGGAGGAGAGGUGUGUGCUGCGGAGGAGGAGAGGUGUGUGUGCGCGCGGAGGAGGAGAGGUGUGUUCGCGCGGAGGAGGAGAGGUGUGUUCGCGCGGAGGAGGAGAGGUGUGUGCGUGCGAGGAGGAGAGGUGUGUGCGUGCGGAGGAGAGGUGUGUGCGUGCGGAGGAGGAGGUGUGUGUGGCGCGUGCGGAGGAGGAGAGGUGUGUGCGUGCGGAGGAGAGGUGUGUCGCGCGGAGGAGGAGAGGUGUGUUCGCGCGGAGGAGGAGAGGUGUGUGCGCGCGGAGGAGGAGAGGUGUGUCGCGGGAGGGAGGAGGUGUGUCGCGCGGAGGAGGAGAGGUGUGUUGCGCGCGCGCGGGGAGGAGAGGUGUGUUGGCGCGGCGGAGGAGAGAGUUGGAGGGGUGUGCGCGCGGAGGAGGAGAGUGUGUGUGCGCGGAGGAGGAGAGGUGUGUGCGGCGGAGGAGGAGAGGUGUGUGCGCGGAGGAGGAGAGGUGUGUGCGCGCGGAGGAGGAGAGGUGUGUGCGUGCGGAGGAGGAGAGGUGUGUUCGCGCGGAGGAGGAGAGGUGUGUUCGCGCGGAGGAGGAGAGGUGUGUUCGCGCGGAGGAGGAGAGGUGUGUGCGCGCGAGGAGGAGAGAGUGUGUGUGCGUGCGGAGGAGAGGUGUGUGCGUGCGGAGGAGGAGAGGUGUGUGCGUGCGGAGGAGAGGUGUAAAUAA